GAAGUUUCUCUCAUCUUCUUGACUCAAGUUUGAAAAUACGGUUACGAUUAGUAGGAUUAUAAGUCAGUGUAAGGGCAGAAUGUUUUAUUGUAGCAAAGGUUAUCAGUCUGUAUGUGAUUCUACUGUACAAUUCUCUUUCAACUGUCAAGCACGAUAUUAGACGGAAGUCUGACAGUUUAGGAGAUAACUGCAGUAAAUCUAUAAAUAGAAACGAACAAAAUAGCGGUUGAAGAAUGAUUAGAAAUAGUUCAUUAUUGCUGAGUAAAGUUACAAAUACAUCAGUUUCUUCUUUUGCAUCACAAGUUUGUCGUCUAAUAGGUAACUUAUCAUAUUUGAAUAUGAACCAAAAAUUUGAUACCACCCAAAGCUUUAAUGGUACAGAAGAUACCAAUCAUAGAGUACUCACUAGGAAGUCUUUGAAGUUUAUGGUAAAAUCGGAGAAUGAGAGUUCAAGUUCAACAAGAUCUAGUGCUAGUGCAAGGCGUACAAGAAAAGUUGGUCUGAAGGUUUUAGAAUCUACAGGUGAAAACGGCAAAGAUAUGAACCUAGAUCUUGCACCCCAAAAGAAAAGAGGUGCUUUUCAGAAAAGGGUUCCAACGAAAGACAGUUGUCAAAAUGAUGAUGUGCAAAUAAAGCCUAACAUGUAUAAAAAGUUGAAGAAAGAUGUGAAUACUGAAAGUGACUCGUUACAAACAAUGGAAAAGCCAUUAAAAGGGACUAUUAAAGGAAAGAAUAAAAGUUCCAUUAAUAAAAUUGUCAAAUUGGAGUCUCCACCAAAAAAUAAUCAAAAAUUUGUAGGUGCUCAUCUAUCCAUUGCUG